UCUUCCUCCUCCCCUCUCCCUCCGCGCCCAGCUUCUGCCCGUCGCUGGCCGUGAUAGCGGGCGUUUUGCGGCUGUCGGACAACAUCGCCGGUGUGACGAUAUUGGCAUUCGGAAACGGCGCGCCCGACAUCUUCACGUCCCUCGUAUCGGGCGCCGACGAAAGUAUAAUAAUGUUCACGGAAUUGAUCGGCGCUGGUGUCUUCGUGACGACGAUCAUCGCCGGUUCCGUCGCCGUGAUCAAACCUUUCCGCGUCGAGUUGAAAUUUAUGCUGAGGGACGCAUGCUUCUACAUCGUGACGGUGUUGUGGAUCAGCUUCGUGGUACGGGACCACCGGGUUCACCUCUGGGAAGCCGCAAGCUUUAUUCUCUACUAUUUCUUGUUCAUCUUCGUGGUGGUGAUGAUGCAGAUAUACGAGAAUCGGGAGGAGAGGUUAAAAAAAAGAAUCCCAGGUAUAGCCGAUGAAGACAUCCUGCGUACGUACCUGGUGAACAAAGAGGAUGACACCAUUCCGGAGAUUCCUAUCAAGAGUCGUGCUGCUGGUUUACGAGCCAAACUUGAUGUUGCGAUCGCGGUCGAGUUGGAAAAACUAAAACUUAAAAAGAAAGAGGAGGAGAUAGAGAUCGUAGAGGAAGUUGGUAGACCGAAGGGUCUCUUCCAGGAAUUUCUCUACGAUAUUAAUCCGAUAUCGAAAGAAGACUGGAAAGAUUCAAAUACAUUCGUUAGAUUUAUUUUAAUCAUACGUGCACCUUUCAUGUCUAUACUUCAAUUACUUAUCCCACUUGUGAGCGUGACCACCGUAAAGAGAGGCUGGUCCAAGCUGCUAAAUUGCUUUCAGCUGUGUGUGACACCAACAUUCUCGUUGUUUGUAUUAAAUGUUUGGGCAGUGCGCAUUGGCCCGAUUACACUGGUGCCAAUAUUCCUGCUGAUCGGCACCAUAUUCGGUAUAAUUGUAUUUCUAAUAACCGACAAGGAUCAUGUACCAAGGUUUCAUGACGCUUUCGCAUUUUUCGGAUUCUUCACCGCAAUGAUGGUGGUCUAUUUGGUGGCCGGCGAGGUGAUGGCAGUGCUCCAGUGCGUGGGAUACGCUUUCAGUAUGUCGGACGCCAUGCUCGGUAUUACGUUACUCGCUUGGGGAAACAGCAUAGGUGAUCUCAUAGCGAAUGUCACCAUAGCCAAACGAGGAUUUCCACGAAUGGGUUAUGCAGCUUGCUUUGGUGGACCGAUGUUCAAUACGCUUUUGGGAUUGGGACUGACUUACGGGUUGGAAGCCGCCAAAGAUCCAAACUAUCUUACAUUGAUGAGAUUGAGCGAUAUGGCGCCCGGUUGUUUGGCUUUCCUUGUCUGUUCAUUAUGCAUGUCUAUUAUUUACCUGAACAUCACCGGCGCUAUAGCCAGAAAAUCGUACGGAUUCCUUUUGUACUCCAUUUACUUUGCUUUCCUGCUCAUUCAGUUACUCAGCGAAUUUCAUGUAAUUCAUCCGCUUGGUAUCGAUCAUCGACCGGACAUAGACCCGGAGGGGAAUAAAUAAAAUUAUAAUAAUAUUCCUAAUGAUGGAAAUAAAAUAAUAAAAUUAUUC